UCAACCAGUGCAUGCAAAUUUACACAAAGAACCUGCAUUAGAACAAGUACUAAAGCAGUCUUAGCAUAUUACAUAAAGCACCCUGGAACUACAAAUAAAAAAGCAAUCCGAUCCCUGGUCUUCUUCUCCACUCAAUCGUCACGGUUCUAGGUUCCGCGUGGAGCUGCUCGGGUGACGGGGGAGGGCAGAGGCCGGGGUCGCCAUGGCCGGCCGCGUGCAACUUGCAACUGCUGGAACGAUGGGGAGGGCGGGGCCGACAGCGCCAUGGCCGGCCGCCUGCAGCUACUUGCGCGACGAAGUGGACGCGGCAUGUGGCGCCAUGGCCGGCAGCGUGUGGCUGCUCGAGCGAUGUAGUGGGACGGGGCCGACAGUGCCAUGGCCGGCCGCCUGCGGCUGCUCGCUCGAUGGGGUGGGACGGGUCCUGCGGCGCCAUGGCCGGCCGCUUGCGGCUGCUCGAUCUACGGGGAGAGCAGGGGCUGGUGGCGCCAUGGCCGGCCGCAUGUGGCUUCUCGAGCGACGGGGAAGGCUGGGGCAGGCGGAGCCAUGGCCGGCCACCUACGGCUGCUUGGGACGGGGGACUGCGAGCCGAGGCAGGGCCAGUGGUGGAGGGGUGGGAUGUUAGCAGG